AUGAUCGCUGGGGCUGGAUGCAAGACAGACACAAUCAUCAGCAAGACUCUCGCUGAGGGCCUCACUGUACCUCUAGGAUCUCGCCCAAGUGUUGGAGCUGGACUCUGGCUACAGGGUGGUAUAGGCCAUCUUACAAGGCUGUACGGGCUCACCUGCGACAACAUUGUCGGCGCCGUACUCAUCAGUGUGGCUUCCGGAGAGAUCUUUUAUGUCGGCCGGGUGCCAAGCGAGCACCUUCCCAAGGAGGCUCGUCUUCCAGAGAAUGAUACUGAUAUCCUUUGGGCACUGCGAGGUGCCGGCACGAACUUUGGUAUCGUACUCAGCGUAACACUUCGCGCCUAUCACGCUCACUCGUUUUCUACGCGAAACUGGGUAAUCCCUCUGAGCGACAGUGCCGAAGCCAAACGCAGACUCUGGGAGUUCGACGAGAAAGUCGCGAAAGGAUGCAGCGAGUUCUGUUCCGCCGACGCAUACCUGUAUUUUGAGAAUGGAGGACUCAACCUUGGGAUCACAACGUUCACCCCUGCCGAUGCAUCUUACCCAUCACCUAUGACUAUCAUGCCAAAGCGCGAAGGCGAUAUAUGGGGAACUGAUAGCGACAACAAGAUCAUGGAUGGCGUAGAAGCGUUCGAUGCCGAGAUGUACAUGUCUAAGAUGCAUGGGGGACAUGGCAACAGUAAGACGUCAUCUUUCAAGCGCUGCGUAUUCCUCAAGGACAUUGGAGGGUCGAGAAUCGCUCGUCGCCUAGUCUCAGCGGUCGAUUCUCGUCCUUCGCCGUUCUGUUACCUCCAUCUGCUGCAUGGCGGUGGGAAGGCUGGCGAGGUCGCACCCGAUGCGACUGCGUUCGGGUGUCGAGACUGGGAUUUCGCUUGCGUCAUCACCGGGGUGUGGCCUCGGGAUGAGGAUGGCAGUCGUGUUGCGCAUGCUUCGGUGCAGUGGGUGUACGACGUUGUCGAUAGCUUGCUGCCGUUAAGCAGGGGCACGUACGGAGCGGACCUUGGACCUGAUCCCCGAGAUGCAGUGCUGGCGGAGAAGGCGUUCGGGCCGAAUACCGUGCGCCUCGGUCGUCUCAAACGCCUGAUGGAUCCACGGAACGUGUUGGCGUGGGCUUGUCCGUUGCCGAAGCCCCCGUUGCCCAAACUCAUCAUUCUUGUUACCGGCGAACACGGCGCCGGCAAGGACUACUGCGCCGGCGAAUGGGUCGCCGUGUUCUCUGAACUUAACGGUAGCGCUUCUUCUUCAACGCAUGGUCUUCGCGCGCAGGCUGUAGGCAUCAGCGACGUCACGAAACGCGAGUUCGCCGACGCGACUGGUAACGACUUCCGCCGCCUUCUAGACGAUCGCGCAUACAAGGAGCAACACCGUCCAGCGCUGACAGCCUUCUACGAGAAACAAGUCCAGGAACGACCCCGACUGCCGGAAGAACACUUUCUUGAAGUUGUGCACGAAGCUGCAAGCGCAGAUGUCGAUGUUCUGUUCAUCACGGGGAUGAGAGAUGAGGCACCUGUCGCAUCAUUCUCUCAUCUAGUGGCGGCGAGCAGAGUGAUCGAAGUCCAUGUUGAUACCAGCGAAGCCUCACGGGUUGCUCGGGGGGUACGCACCGAGAAGACGACUGACUCUGCAGCUCCGCGACAUCGUCCAAAUCCGACCUUCGUCAACGACACACCAGGAAACGGCGCCAUACGAGAGUUUGCCGAGGCCUCCAUACUUCCCUUCUUGCAUAAUGACCUACAACGACUGGCCGAUAUGGUACGCUCAAUCCCAAACUUCCCCUAG